AUGAUUAAAUGUACACGAGAUCUCUUGAAAGCUUAUGGAGGUAAUGCCCUUGUUAAUAAAAUGGAUUUGAGACUUGGAUUAAUACCAUGCCAUCUAGGAUUAAAAGUAUUCAAUAAUGAACUUGCGGAUCUCGCUUUGUUUACAGCAUCUGAGUAUAAGCAUAUGAUGAAAAUUAUGCCAUUUGUUCUUGAAGAUCUUCUUGAAAAAAAUCAAAAUAAACUACUCGUUCAAAU